UGUAAGAAGGAGGAGAAAAGAAGAAACACGUCGGAGGCGACAAGUCAGAGAGGAAGCAGAGAAAGUUGGUAGAGGAGAGAGAGGGAGAGAGAGAGAGAGAGAGAGAGAGAGAGAGAGAGAGAGAGAGAGAGAGGGGUCGAUCAGAUGGGAGGAAGGAAGGAAGGAGGGAAGGAUAGGAUCUUGUCUGCGGGAUCAAGUGCGCGAUCGAGGGAAUAAAUAAACACAUGUGCGAAUCAAAGUCUAGAAUAAAAAGGAGCGUAUAAGCGCGUGGCCGUGUUUGCGUGGACGCGGACGAAGACAGCGGCGUGGGAGCUCCAACACUAAAGUCCUGUGUGUCCCUGUGUGGAUUGGACUCCUCAUGUCUUGGCGUUCGGCGUGAGAGAGAGAAAGAGAGAGAGAGAGAGAGAGAGAGAGAGAGACAGCAACUUUUUGCGCGUAAAACCACCCAAACUUUCAUUCUCCGCGUCAUUUCAUUUAAAAAUCUCUCCCCGGAAGAAGGAAGGAAAACAAAACAAAACAAAACAUAAAAACAAGAGGCUCAGGGGUGUGGAAGUGGAGGAGUGAAGGGAGAUCGGUUCCUUCCGAGGCGCUCCUGCUUCUCCUGCUCCUGCUGCUGGUGCUGCUGGUGCUUGUCGUAGCCGGGGUUUAGGCGUUGGCACCCGGGCAGGGAGUCCCUCGCCAUGGCCGGGGCCAAGCCGGGAGUCCACGCGCUGCAGCUCAAACCCGUGUCCGUCCACGAGGCUCUGAAGAAGGGGGGCAAAUUCAUCAAAUGGGACGAGGAGCCCAACAGCGGACCCCCUACACUUGUAACCCUGAAAGUGGACCCCGAUGGAUUCUUUCUCUACUGGACAGGAGGUUCCAACCUGGAGGUGGAGACACUGGACAUCAGCCACAUCAGAGACACCAGGACGGGAAAGUACGCCAAACAGCCAAAGGACCCAAAGUUACGGGAGGUGCUCGGCUUCGGGAAGGGCGACAACGUAGAGGGGAAGCUUGUAACCGUCGUCUAUGGCAACGACCUGGUCAACAUCUCCUUCCUCAACUUCCAGGCUAUGCAGGAGGACACAGCCAAGAUUUGGACGGAUGAGCUUUUCACUUUGGCUACAAACAUACUUUCGCAGAAUGCCUCACGCACCACGUUUCUCCUCAGAGCGUACACUAAGUUAAAGCUGCAGGUGAAUCAGGAUGGGAAGAUUCCUGUGAAGAACAUUCUCAAGAUGUUUUCAGAUAAAAAGAGAGUGGAGACGUCUUUGGAGCAGUGCGGCCUGGUGAAUAACAGGUCAGAGGGAAUAAAACCAGAUGACUUCACGUGGGAGGCCUUCCAGAAGUUUCUGGACACCCUCUGUCUCCGACCUGAGAUUCAAAGCAUAUUUGAGGAAUGUGGCUCCAAGAGGAAGCCGUUCAUCUCUUUGGACCAGUUGAUGGACUUCCUCAACCGCCGGCAACGAGACUCCCGACUGAACGAGGUGCUGUACCCCCCGCUGAAGAGAGAACAGGUCCGACAGAUCAUGGAGAAAUAUGAAACCAACAGCAGCCAACUGGAGAGAGACCAGAUCAGUUUGCAGGCCUUCACUCGGUAUCUGGGAGGAGAGGAGAACAGCAUCGUACCCCCUGAGAGGCUGGAUGUCAUCGACGACAUGAACCAACCUCUGGCUCACUACUUUAUCAACUCCUCACACAACACAUACCUCACAGUGGGUCAGCUCACCGGCUUGUCCUCAGUAGAGAUGUACAGGCAGGUUCUUCUGACCGGCUGCCGCUGCGUAGAGCUGGACUGUUGGAAAGGCCGACCGCCGGACGAGGAGCCUUACAUCACCCACGGCUUCACUAUGACCACUGAGAUACCCUUCAAGGAGGUGAUUGAGGCGAUUGCAGAGAGUGCCUUCAAGAUGUCACCGUACCCGCUCAUCCUGUCCUUUGAAAACCACGUCGAUUCAGCCAAGCAGCAAGCCAAGAUGGCCGAGUACUGCAGGACCAUCUUCGGAGACGCUUUACUCAUCGAUCCACUGGAGAAAUAUCCGCUGAUCCAAGGUCAGGCGCUGCCCUCACCUCAGGAGUUGUUGGGGAAGAUCCUCAUCAAAAACAAAAAGAAGCACUACCACCACCGACCAUCGAGCGGCGGCAGCAUCCGACGCCGGGAGACGGAGGAGCAGUCAUCGCCCAAUAACGAUUGUCCUUUAUUAGACAGCGAUGGAGCCCAGAUCCUCUCCAACGGCGAGGAGAAGCUGGCUGAGAGGAUGAUCAAAGAUUCAGAACCUCGUAAAUCCAUCGGAGGUGAAGGUGAGAGUGAGGAGGAUGAAGAAGAUGAACCGGUGACAGAACUGAAGAAGCCCAACUCAGAUGAGGGUACAGCCAGUAGUGAAGUGAACGCCACAGAGGAGAUGUCCACCCUCGUCAACUACAUCGAACCUGUCAAGUUCAAAAGCUUCGAAGUAGCAACUAAACGGAAGAAGUUCUUUGAGAUGUCGUCUUUUGUGGAAACAAAGGGAAUGGACACCCUAAAGAGCUCCCCCAUUGAGUUUGUCGAGUACAACAAGAACCAGCUGAGUCGAAUCUACCCUAAAGGAACCAGGGUGGACAGCUCCAACUACAUGCCUCAGCUUUUCUGGAACGUUGGUUGCCAGAUGGUGGCGUUAAACUUCCAGACGCUCGAUCUCCCCAUGCAGCUAAACAUGGGUGUGUUUGAGUACAACGGCCACAGCGGCUACCUGCUGAAGCCUGAGUUCAUGAGACGGACAGACAAACAUUUCGACCCUUUUACAGAGAACAUAGUAGACGGCAUCGUUGCCAAUACUGUCAAAAUUAGGAUUAUCUCAGGCCAGUUCCUGACCGAUAAGAAGGUGGGAGUUUACGUUGAAGUGGACAUGUUUGGACUUCCUGCUGAUACAAAGAGGAAGUACAAAACCAAAACAUCCAAUGGGAACUCACUGGACCCUGUAUGGGAUGACGACAUGUUCGUCUUCAACAAGGUGGUCCUGCCCACACUGGCCUCUCUGAGGAUAGCGGUGUUUGAGGAGAACGGAAAAUUUAUCGGACACAGAAUCCUCCCGGUGUCCGCCAUUCGACCUGGGUACCACUACAUCAACCUAAAGAAUGAGCUCAACCAACCUCUCCUGCUGUCGUCCCUGCUGGUCUGCACUGAGGCUCAGGACUACAUCCCCAAUGAGCAUCAGGAGUAUGCAGAGGCUCUGACCAACCCCAUUAAACACAUCAGUCAGUUGGACAAGAGGAUGACCCAGCUGGCUGCUCUGUUAGAGGACAACGUUGAGCAUGUUUCCAACCAGCCCAGGGAGGGGGAACCCAAGAGAGAGAGUGACACCACUCCAGGGGGUCGAUCCACCUCCCCCUCCGUCAACCCCCCACCCAGUCGAAUGGAAGAAAUCCCAGACAUCCCCAACAUACCUACACCUGGUCAGAAGGAGGACCUCAUAGCCUCUGUUCUGGCAGACAUCCAAGCGCAGUCUGUAGAGGAGCUGAAGCAGCAGAAAAACUAUGUAAAAAUACUGAAGAAACACAGUAAAGAAAUCAAAGAGCUGCGGAAGAAACAUCUCAAGAAGGUGUGGAAUCUGAGUAAAGAACAGAAAAGCCGGAGUAGUCAGCUUCAGUCUGACACCCAGAGGAGACGCAGUCAGAUGGAGAAAAAUCUCAAACGUAGCCUCAAGAAAAACGAACCCAAUGAGCCGGUGCAGCAGGAACUGACGGCCUUGGAUCAGGAGAUCGCCAAGCAGACGCUCCAGCUGAAGGAAUGGCAGAUGCAGGAGCUGCUGAAGCUUCGACAGCAGCUGCACACAGUGGAAAGAGCCAAGCAGCAAGCGCACCUGGAGGAGGCUUUCCUGAAAUUAAAGGAGACCGCCCAAGAAUGCCAAGCAGCUCAGCUGAAGAAGCUCCGGGAGACAUGUGAGAAGGAGAAGAAAGAGCUCCAGAAGAUCCUGGACAGGAAACGACAAAACAGCAUCAGCGAAGCCAAGACUCGAGACAAAGACAAAGCUGAAACGGAACUGAACGAGAUCAACAGGAAACAUAUUCAAGACUCGGUCACGUUGAUCCGCAGGCUGGAGGAGGCUCAGACCAGGAGGCAGGACAAGCUGAUGCUACGGCAACGGGAGGUUCUGCAGCACAUCGACGAGCAGCUGCCCAUGCUCCAGAGUCAGUUGGAGAGGGACCUGGAGGAGGAGUCCAAGCAUUUACCUGAUGAAAUCCGCCAGCACCUGCAGAUGGAGCUGCAAAACAAAGGCAUCCUCAAAGAUGGCCUGUUCGCCGUGUUGUCCAAUCACAGCAGCCCCAGCCCCAGCUCUGGAUCGGGCCCGCCCUCCAACUGCUCGACGCCAUCGUACCCGUCGACGCCCAAUAGGAGCACCUGGAACCGGAGCUUGGACAAUAGCACUGCCUCGCUGGCCGAUUCCACCUCUUCGUCCAAUACCCCAGUCUUAUCGGAGGCAGAGAUGUUGCUCAGUUAGAACAAUCAGAAAAAAAAAAAAAAAGAAAAUGUAUACACACACCUGGGGUCUAUAAUGAUACACAAUGUGGGAGAGUAAUGUUAGAAAUUAUUGACUAAUUUUAUUUCUUUUUUACAAACUGUUUUGUCGUCUACAGAGCUAUAUUAUUUUUAUUUUUGCUGUUGUUUUUGUCAGUCACAUCCUGACUAUUGAUGGAAAAUUUCAUAAUCCAAGUUUUUUUUUUUUUUUUUUUACAUUUUUAUCACCUUUGCUUUUAAUGUCAUUCCAUUUUAUACCCUUUUAUCCGGUCAGUACGAUUAUUUGCUUCGGUUUUGCUGCACCACAGGCUUUUUGCACACUGGUAAAGCUGUCUGCCAAAACCUCUUUUUGACCUUUUUAAGCUUUAAAAUAUUUUGAAAUGCAUAGGUUUAGCAAAAAAAUUUAAAAUGUCUAUAAGUAAACAGGUUUAGCAUAAAUUCCCCCAUUUUUUAAUUAUACAAUGUAUUGGCCUGCUUAGGUUUUACAUCUAUUUCAGACACGACUAUGUAUGUAGGUUACAUAAUUGGCUCGAGCAUUUUCUGAAAAAAA